AUGGUUGAAUUAAAUGUCCUUCGGUCACCGCACAAGGAGGAGUUCACCCGCAUCGCCUUCUUCAGAGAGCGCGGUAUGCGCAACCCAGAUGUGCCCGAUCGCGUUCGCGACAGCCUGCUCACGAUUGAUUCAUCGUAUUCAUCAGUCGCGUCGGAUGUCCUUUCACGCGCCCCGGAAACCGGAGCCGUUUCCAUUGCGCAAGACGAGACUCUGAAAUUACGGGUAUUCGUUGAUAAGAGUGUUGUGGAGGUCUUCGCGAAUGGAAAGCAGUGCGUGGCGAUGCGCGUUUAUCCCGACAAGGAAGAGAGUGUCGGUGUGUCAUUGCGCUCGCAGGGACAAGCCUGCGAACUCAAAUCCUUAGAUGCCUGGCAGAUGCAGAACAUCUAUGCUUAA